AUGAAAUGCUGCAACCUGAAAUCUGAGCAGGAGGAAGCAGGGGAAAGGGACGCCCUGGAGGAGGAAGAAACACCAGGCGAGGGAAACCCUUGCCGCUGUAGGAACCGGUCCCAUUCAAGGAACCUGGAGAGUCCAAAAGGAACCAUAACACACCGUGGCGAAGGGAUCCCCAGAGGCAAAAGAUCCCACACAGCCUACCCUGCCACACAGGCAUCGCAGCGCAAGGAUCCAGGUCCAAAAAGGCAAAGAACAAAUUCUGCUGUUUCCUUGGGCUCCCCCACCACUGUCCCCAAACCCAAUCACCACAAAGGGCACCCAUCUAGGACCUACAGUGAGUGGCCCUUUCCUGGGACCCAAGGCUCCCCUCACCCAGGCCCGCGGGCGCUCACCCACCUUCUCCCCAGCCCGUUCUCCUGGACCCAUCUAAAGGAGCGCAGUGGGGACCCCCUCCCCCGAGUGUUUGGGGCUGUUGGUCUGCCGCCCCUUCCUCGCACUGCCUUCAGCCAGGCUCCCAGCGAGCCCCCUCCGGCGCUCUGCCGACCUACAGGAAAAAAAGCUGCGCUCCCGCCCCGCGUUCCGAGCCUGGAGCGAGAGGCGCUUUGGAGAGCCAGGGACGGACCUGCAGGAGCCAGGGCCGCCCGCCGAGCCGCAGAGCUGCCGCUGUCGCCUUUGCAGUCGCCCUUGCAGUCGCCCGCCCGCGGUCCGGACAGGGACCCUCCCCUCACCCCCCCCCCCUUCACCGCCCAAGCACCCGUGCGUACCGGGAGGAAAAAGCUGCACAGGUGCACGCGCGGGUUCCUGCUCCUGUCCAUGCAGUCUGGACUCCUCCUGUGUGAUUUCUGUCCGUCUCCUCAUCUCACCAUCUCAGCUUAUCCAACAAAAGUAUUAACAUAUUCAUCAACAACGUCGAAAGUAGCCUACUUUAAGAGAAAAUAUGCAGAAGAAGAAGAUCUACAUCAAGAUUACCAUGGUUAUUUUCCAAAACACCUGAUAUUACCCGAGGACAGGACUUGCAUUCUGAGACUUUCUCUGGAGAAACUUAGGUUUCUAGAAGACCCAGAAACCUAUUUACGAAGGUCUGUGUUAAUUAACAAUUUGCUGAGGAAGAUACACCUAGAGACGGAGAAAGAGAGUUAUGAGUACUAUAAGGAAGCUUCCUGUUGUAAGACUGCUUAUUCUGAUGCAAGGAAACGGCUGAAGUUGAUGGUACAGGGAUGCUAUUCCCAAUCUCUGUAUUACGAAGAGCUGCAUUCGUAUCAUAUUGUGCCUUAUGCUUCGGAGAAUGCCAUUUAUGGAAUGGGCUACACUAGUGACCACUUGGAGCAAAAUUCUCAGUUGCUUAUUUAUAAAAUGAAUUAAAGUAACUGCUAAGUUUAUUGAUAUUUUGUUUCUAAAUGCCUGAAUUGUUUAUAGUGACAAUGUUAAUAUAAGGUACUAAUUGCCAGUGCACUUGACCUCGGAGAGGAGAUGCAUGCAGAACUGGUUGGAGAGAACCAUGGGUAUUACCCAGCAGUCCUUAGUUUCAUCAAAUUGAAUCAAAAAUAUAUCUACGUAUCAUAAAGUGGUGAAUUAGUAUGCUAGAAGCAGAGAUUUUUUUUCAAUGCAGGAAGGAAUAGAUUAAACUUUUAAGCCUCCCAUUUCUACAAUCUGCCACUCAGUGAAAAGUAGCAAAAAGGAACAGAUUAAUUUGGUAAUGUUAUGACCCUGAGGGUUAAGGGUAGAAUGAAUCUAAUUUUCUGUAAAUGAUGAGAGCUAAUUCUCUCUGAAAUGCUUUGGCCUGUCAAGCUUUGUGCCAAGUAAUUGUUUCACACUAUUCUUUUACCAUUAGAGACGGUGCAAGAUGGGAAAGCAUACAUUACAACUUUGAUGAAUGUACCAACUGGACUAUUCCAAGUUUACCUGUUUUGUUCUUUUGUUGUUUAUUACUAUUAUUUGCUCUUUAUAGACUUUUCUCUUCAAGAGUGAAAUGUAAUCAAAGAGCAUUGUAUAUGGGACUGUCUUUAAGUUCCAGGGGUUGCUAAAAUUUGUGCUUGGCCUUUUAAGAGUUUAAAUUUCAUUUAUGAUGUUAUUUUUAUAGGCUGGGAAGCUCAGGAAAAGGUUUGCAGACAAAAAUGCCUCUUAACUGAGUUACUAAUUGUUACAAAUCUGAUCUGCAAAAAUUGAUGAGCAUGACAGAAACUCUACAUAUUAUUAUUUCUUCACCUUGCUAAUAGAGUACACUUAAGGAUGCCUAGAUGAAACUUUGCACUGAUUUUUGUAUCAUAGAGGAUCAUUUUCUGUUUGAUAAGAUACCCUUGGGGUAUGGUUUAGGUAAGUCCCUAUAUUUUGCACGUUGAAGGAAGAUGAUUUAAUAAGUUACAUAGAUUCAUGAGAUCUGUU